UUCGUACCAUAGACUUCUACUACUUUAGUUUACUUCUGGGAAGCCAACUGCAAGAUUGAUCAUAACACACACACACACUCUCUCUCUCUCUCUCUCUCUCUCUCUCUCUCUCUCUCUCUCUCUCUCUAUGUCUAGCGGAAGGCUUCUCUCCGAUGUCUACAAAACCCGUAGCCUUCUUCUUCUCGUUGCCCUGUUUUUGGGCAACUGCUGUGCUAGAACAAGUCCCAAUUGUGUCUCAUCUUGUGGGAAUAUCACCAUCAAACACCCAUUUCGAGUGAAAGGAGACCCAAUGAGCUGCGGAAAGAAGAAAUACGAACUGGAAUGCGAGCACCAUCGUCUUGUGCUUUCCUUGUUUUCCCCUGCAAAAUACCUGGUCCGUGCAAUCAACUACGACAACCAUACAAUCCGACUAGUCGAUGUCGGCUUACGACACGGAGAUUGCUCCUCCCUCCCUCUUUAUUACAUAUCGUAUCUCAACUUCACUAGUAGUUCUGACGCAAAUCCAUAUUCUUUACUGAUGGAAGACAAUUUUUUUAUUUUUGAUAUAUUUUAUAAAAUCCCAUGGAAUAUGGCUGUAGCACUAUGGGUAGAUUGCGAAAAGCCAGUAAGAAAACCUCCACACUACACGGACAGUCAUACUAGUGCUUCUAGUUGUAUUGAAAAACCAACUUUUUCCUCUUCCGAUUCGCUCUCCUCGGGGGAAAAGAGGCGCUAUUCUUACUUUCUGUUCGGGACUAACUUAAGCGCUUCGGAUGUGGCGGAUCAGUGCAAAAUAGACGAGAUAGUUAUGUCGACGUUGCGAUGGCCAGCCGAUAAAGGCGAAGCAAACCUCUCCUUCUCGGAUUUCCACAGUAAAUUGGAGUAUGGGUUUGAGCUUUCCUGGCUGUCCAUUCUCUGUGAAAAUUGCCAAGGACGAGCCGAUUGCUACAUUGAGUCUUUUAAUUCAACAGCUGCCACUUGCUACAAAUACUGCUUUAGCAGAAGCGAUUUCAUAAACGGGUCCUUUCCAUGUCGCUUGGAGGUUAUUUUCUAUAAUUAUUUGCUUCCAGAGGGGUUCAAAGUUCGUGGGUUCACAGUUAUAGGAGGCAUCCUUGCAGCAAGAACCACAUGUGGGAUUUUAUGCCUAUUGGCAUUUUUAAUCUAUAAGUUUAGGAGAAGACAUUUAUCAAUGUUCGAUACCAUUGAAGGUUUCCUACAAAGUGAUCAGAACAACCUGAUGCCGAUUAGGUACUCGUACUCCCAAAUAAAGAAGAUGAGCAGAGGUUUCAAGGACAAGUUGGGACAAGGAGGCUAUGGUUCUGUAUACAAAGGAAAGCUCCGAAGCGGUUAUGUCGCGGCGAUAAAGAUUUUAGAAAAGUCCAAAGCCAAUGGCCAAGAAUUCAUCAAUGAAGUUGCUACCAUCGGAAGGAUUCAUCAUGUCAAUGUGGUUCGACUGAUUGGAUUCUGUGCUACGAGAUCUAAACGAGCUCUUGUUUACGAAUUCAUGCCUAAUGGCUCCCUUGAGAAAUAUUUAUUCUCUCAAGAAGGAAACAUCUCCUUGAGUUGCAAGCAAAUGUAUGACAUUUCUGUUGGAGUGGCGCGUGGGAUUGAAUAUUUGCAUCGAGGUUGUGAUAUGCAAAUUCUACAUUUUGACAUCAAGCCUCACAACAUUCUUUUAGAUGAGAAUUUCAAUCCAAAAGUUUCGGACUUCGGGCUUGCAAAACUAAAUCAAACAGAUGAUAGCAUGGUGUCUCUUACUGCGGCAAGAGGAACAAUGGGCUACAUGGCUCCAGAGUUAUUCUACAAAAACAUUGGACAUGUUUCAUACAAAGCUGAUGUUUACAGUUAUGGGAUGUUGUUGAUGGAAAUGGCAGGCAGGAGGAGGAACUUAAAUGCAUUUGCCGAUCACACGAGCCAAAUUUACUUCCCGUCCUGGGUAUAUGACCAAUUCAAAGAAGGAAAGGAAAUUGAUAUGGGAGAAGCCACGGACGAGGAAAGGGAGAUGGUGAGGAAGAUGGUUAUAACGGCUUUAUGGUGCAUCCAAAUGAAACCUAGCGAUCGUCCUUCGAUGAACAAAGUUGUAGAGAUGCUUGAAGGAACUGCUGAAGCUCUUGAAAUGCCUCCCAAGCCUUUCUUAACUCCUCAAGAGAUGCCAAUUGAAGAUCAAUGAAUGAACUUGGGUCUAUCUAUUGAGUUGCUCAUUCUACUAGUUGUAGUGAUAUAAUAGAGUACUAUCUUUUGGACUAUUGCAUGCAUGUUUGUAGACUUUUGAUCAAGAUAGAGUGAGGAAAGGUCGUGACUUGUUCAAUAAAUAUUACUACGUCUAAUUGUCUUGUGAGAA